UUGCAUGGCGGACGAAAAAAGAAUGUUAUCAACGUUCAACCGGCUUACUCUUGUUGCACGUCAUCUGAGUCCGAACGGACUGAGUCGUUCACCAGCAGCUUUAAUUAGCACACGUAGGUGCCAAUCGUCAUUUGCUACACAAAAUCUAACUUCAAAUCAUCGUCGAAAUAUGUAUCGUAUCGAAGAAAGAGGAGCUCCCAACACCUUGGAACACCGAGUGUAUUUCCGAAAUGAAUUUGGACCCAUCUCCCCUUUCCAUGACAUUCCUCUAUUUGCCAAUCAUGAACAGAAGGUUUUCAACAUGGUAGUGGAAGUACCACGCUGGACAAAUGCUAAAAUGGAGAUAUGUAAGGAAGAGCCUCUUAAUCCAAUUAAACAAGAUGUAAAGAAAGGAAAAUUAAGGUUUGUUGCCAACUGUUUCCCCCAUCAUGGCUACAUCUGGAACUAUGGAGCACUCCCUCAGACUUGGGAAAAUCCAAAUAUUGUGGAUGAAAGAACUGGAUGCAAGGGAGACAAUGAUCCUAUUGACGUCUGCGAAAUUGGACACAGGGUUGCUAAACGAGGAGACGUCAUUCAAGUCAAAGUUUUGGGAACUAUUGCAUUGAUUGAUGAAGGUGAAACGGAUUGGAAGGUCAUGGCAAUUGACGUUAAUGAUCCUUUGGCUUCUCAGCUGAACAACAUCGAAGACGUUGAGAAACAUAUGCCUGGUUUUAUGAACGCCACUGUUGAGUGGUUCCGUAUUUACAAGAUCCCUGACGGAAAACCCCCUAACGAGUUUGCGUUCAAUGGAGAGGCUAAGCCGCGUGAAUUUGCUUUAGAAGUGAUUGAAGAGACUCACGAACAUUGGAAGAAGAUGGUUGCCGGUCAAGUUGACUGUCAUGGGGUUAAUAGUACCUGCGUAAGUGCCGAGGGUGCUCCGUGCAAAGUUUCUAUUUCCGAAGCACAGGAAAUUGUUAAGAAGUGUCCGGAACUGUCAGAUGGACCCAUUAUCGAAAACGAAGUGGACAAAUGGCAUUAUUCCCACCUGCAAAAGUAGGAAAUCCCCGCACCAACACUAACUGGGAAAAGAUAAUCUGCUUAUAAGGUUUAGUGAUCCCGUUGCAGAUAUCGAUAAUAUAUUCCAAGUUAUUUGAGACCAUA